CAGAAUGCCCCAAACGUGUGGCAACCUUUCAAUUGGGAUUUAAUAACAGAAGUAUGGAAAACAGUAAUGGCUAAUGGACUGUCUGCUCCGUUUAGUCAGGCGUUAUUGGAGAAUAUAUUUUCUGGUCAAAUUUUAAUGGGCUUUGACUGUACACAACUGGCUACAAUGAUUUUAACCCUGACUCAGCGUCUAUUAUGGAAGGUGAAAUGGGCAGAAUUAUGUGAUUUAGCGGCACUAAGAAAUUUGGACCGCCCAGAAGGAGAUCCGCGGUAUAUGAUCACUUCUGCACAAAUGAUGGGGACUGGUGACUUUGCAGAUGUUAAUAGGCAAGCAAGGCUACCGGUGGAAGCAUUACAAGAAUCAGCUUCCUUAGCUCUGAAGGCAAUGGUAACCUUGCCUGAAGCUGGAAAGCCACAACAAUCAUUUACAAGUAUAAGGCAGGGUAAUACGGAACCUUAUAUGUCCUUUAUUGAUCGUCUGCGAGAUGCUAUUGAAAAGCAAAUAGAUAAUGCUGAUGCCAAAGAAGCAUUGAUAAUAAAACUGGCCGUGGAAAAUGCAAAUGCAGACUGUAAAAAAAUACUACAAUCGAUGCCAGGAAGAGUGACGCUAGUAGAUAUGAUAGAGGCCUGUAACAAAGUUGGGUCUUUGGAGCAUAAAACUACAUUAAUGGCCAAUGCUUUUGCUGUAGCCAUGCGAAUGGAUACAAAAAAUGUUAAGAAAUGCUAUAAAUGUGGACAACCGGGACAUUUGCAAUUUCAGUGUAAAGAGGGGCGAAACAAAGUGGAAGUUGGGCCUAAUAUAUGCCCUCCUUGUCAUAAAGGGAGACAUUAUGCUAACCAAUGUAGAUCUCGUUUCACAAGUGAAGGUGUAGCUCUGCCACCUCAAGGUACCCCAUUGCCGGGAAACUACAAGAAGAGUGCGAGGAGCGGUGCGAUGACCCCAACAGCUCCAAAAGGAUCCCAGAACGGCGCCAAGAAGGAUGUCUGGCAGAACUGCCAGCCCGAACAGCUGGAAGUGCCGGAGUGGAUGUCUCAACAAUAGAAACCAUCCUACUAUGGAACUCUCAGGGUGAUUGAUGCGGACUACACAGGUCGCAUUUAUGCUAUGAUUUGGACGCCGUCUCCACCAGUAUCGAUACAGGAAGGAAGCAGAAUUGCACAGCUAGUCCCUUUUAAAGCAAAUGUACCAUGUAAGGU